UGGGGGGCCGUGUGGACUUUGACGACUUUGUGGAGCUGAUGACCCCCAAGUUGCUUGCAGAAACGGCUGGGAUGAUUGGUGUCCAGGAGAUGCGAGACGCCUUCAAGGAGUUCGACACCAAUGGAGACGGGGAGAUCACACUGGCGGAGCUGCAGCAGGCCAUGCAGAGGCUUCUGGGAGAGAGGCUCACCCCCCGGGAGAUCUCCGAGGUUGUCCACGAGGCUGAUGUCAAUGGAGAUGGCACCGUUGACUUUGAAGAGUUUGUGAAGAUGAUGUCUCGCUGA